GUGACACACAUAAUGGGACAUAGUAGCCAUUGAGACACUGAAUUCGCGUCCCUCUUUCCUCCUUCAUCCUUGUGCUCCUCAACCAACUAGCUGGGGUAGCAGCUGGACCCUCGAGCAAAUAAGCGCUCAGGAGUUUCCAAAUAAAUACAGCAUAUCUGACCACGAGCCAAUCGAGCAUUUGGAAUCGUUCGUGGGUAUAUUCAACCGGGCUCGAUUGCUUUCUUGCCAGGAACACUCGCACUAAUAAGGGGGGCGUUGUGGGUUUGCCACUACUUAUGGCCUCACUCGGACACGGGAGGAUUUCGCUCCGAAGGGCCCUGUUGGCAGCUGGCGUCGUGUUUUUGGCUUUUUAUGUCCGUCGCUUGCCCGAUGUCGAUUCGGUGGCGGCUGGGAAGAUCCAAGCACCUGGGCUUACACUCCCACCUGAUGCUGCUGCGAAUGCUGCUAGCGUAAAGGCGGCGUUCAAGUCUGCCUUUAGAGAUUAUGCGACGUACGCAUAUGGACACGAUGAUCUUGCUCCCCUGUCCAAGUCGUAUGUAGACUCAAGAAAUGGUUGGGGAGCCACAAUUGUGGAUGCUUUGGGCACUAUGAAAAUUAUGGGUUUAGAUGAGGAAUUUGCGUACUCUGUGAAUUACACUUCGCAUAUCGACUUCAGUAGGUCGAAAACCUACGACUUUGUCUCUCUAUUCGAAACAAACAUCAGAUACCUUGGAGGAAUGCUCUCGGCGUAUGAGCUCAAUGGCAAGCAAGACGCAGCUUUAUUGGAGCAGGCCAUCACUCUUGGUGAUAAGCUUUCCUAUGGCUGGGUUGGGAAUAACACCAUUCCCUUCAACAGGUUGGAUUUCACUUCAAAUACACCGCUUCCUGACAUCAAUAAUAUCGCUCAAGCUGGGACUCUCGUUCUUGAAUUUGGCAAACUUUCGCAGCAUUCUGGAAACCCUAAAUAUAAGAACCUUGCAGAGCAGGCCAUGCGGCAGAUCGCGACAUUGACCCCUCCUUUGCCCGGCUUGGCCUCUCAAGGCAUCGACCCCAGCACCAAUCGAUUCGUUGGCGAUUACAUUUCGUGGGGAGGAGGCUCUGAUUCGUACUUUGAAUACCUUAUCAAGUACAGCCGUUUGACAAACUUUGCCGACCCGCUUUGGGUCGAAACCUGGAAGACCGCGGUCGAUUCGUCGAUCAAAUACCUCCUAACCACUUCCAGUGUCGGCAACUGGACUUACCUUACCGAUCAUACUGGAGGGAGGAACAGGUUUAUUGGAUCUCACCUAGGAUGCUUCGUUGGUGGUAAUUGGAUCAUGGGCGGAAAACUUCUGAAUAAUAAAACGAUUCUUGAUUACGGACUAAGUCUUACCGAUGCUUGCAUCAAUACCUACACCAGUGAUGUGACAGGCAUUGGUCCCGAAGUGUUUGCUUACACCGGAGUCGGCACGGUUUCUGGGAAUUGGACUGGCGGAGGUGAACCGUCUGCAUUCGACCAGGCAUUUUAUAAUGAGCAUGGUUUCUACGUGUACAACAACUACAGUUUUUACGAUCUUCGGCCUGAGGUCUUAGAGAGCAACUUCUAUGCCUGGCGUGCGACUGGUGACGUCAAGUAUCAGAAAAACGCAGCGGCUGCGUUGCAGUCUAUCCUGAAGAACUGCAAGGCACCCCUUGCUUUUGCUCCCAUCAUCAACGUCCAGAAGCUAGAUUCUGGUUUCAUCGACGACACUGAAAGCUUCUUCUUUGCCGAAGUGAUGAAAUACCUAUAUCUCACUUUCGAUGACCCGAACCACAUCUCCCUAGACAAAUGGGUUUUCAACACAGAAGCUCACCCCUUACUUGCUCCGGCUGGACUCCCAGCCUACAAAGUUUCCCAAGGAGCUAAGCAAUCUCCACUCUUGACACGUGCAGCAGAUGAGGGCAAUCUUCCUCAAAUUAGCGAAAACCCUCGUCUGCCCAAGCCGCUGCGAGAUGUCAUCGAGGAAGCCGCCACCUAGUUGUAGAGGCUUACCGAUUGGCUGAUCGCUGUCAUCCAUCAAGUGGGGCAUGACUCUAUCUGGUUUACAAGGGAUUAAGUACAGUGUAUCUAUAGUUUUGCAAUUCUCGUGUAGAAACAUAUACCGCUUGGAU